GAGAGAGAGAGAGAGAGAGAGAGAGAGAGAGAGAGAGAGAGAGAGAGAAGGGGGCGAGAGAAAGACAGACCUCAUUACCAUAUUAAUGAGCAUGUUCGAGGCGUUAUUGGUAUGAAUGAAUAAUGAAUUGCGAUGGGAGGAGACGGUUUCGGUGUCGACGCUGUAGUGAGUGUGCGUCACGGUUCAGAGGACUGGACAGUGUGGAGAUAUGAGGACCCUGGCAGUAAUUGAAUGGCCACGUUAAGGUGCUGGGAAUCGAACCGGGAAUGCACCGACCACCAGUGCCGGCAAUGGCUGCCGGAAAGCCGUUCCGAGCGACCUUCAUCUGGAGCAGCAUCAUCAACAACCUGCAGUCUCAGGUGGAGGUGAAGCGACGCCGCCACAACCUCAAGUCCCACCAGGACUGCUUCCUGGGCUCGGAGGCCGUAGACGUGGUGCUGGCGCACGUCAUCCAGAACCGCUACUGCGGCGACCAGGACGUGCCCCGCUUCAAGGCCGUGCGGCUGUGCCAGGCGCUCAUGGACUCGCGCGUGUUCGAGGCGGUGGGCACCCGGGUGUUCGGCAAGGAGAAGCGGCGGGCCACCUUCGAGGACAGCAGCUUCAGCUUGUACCGCUUCCUCUACCCGGAGUCCAGUGAGGCGGUGCUCACCAGCAGCACCGCCCUGUCCGGCAGCUCCGUGGAGGGCGGAUACGACGCCUCGCCCGGGACAGGCCAAAGCAAGGACGGCUUCAGCCCGCCUGAUGACCGGCAGAACCAGGCGCUCAUCUACAACACACACCCAACCAAAACAGACAAAUCUCUGGAGCAAAUGCUGGGGAACCUCAACGUGAACUCCGCCCUCACCCCUCAAAUGACCAAUCUGGGUCUCUCCCAGGACCUGGUGGAGCAGGUGUGGCGCCAGCAGUCCGUGUUCAGGCUGCUGCAGCUGGUGGAGCUCCCCCUGCUGGAGAGUCUUCUGGAGGGCAAGGAGCUCCCCCGCCCAAACCUACACAGCAUGGACAGCGACCCGGACCUCCUGUACACCUCCAGCUACCUGGACCGAGAGGUCCUCAAGGCCUUCAGCGAAGCACAGGCCGACGAGUGGCUGCGAGCGGCCAUGGACUGUCUGGAGUUCCUGCCCGACAGCCUGGUGGUGGAGGUCAGCAGAGGGCUGGCCGCCUGCUCUGAGGACCAGCCCAAGUGCAAGAGGCUCUUCUACGGCCUGCUGGAUGAACACUACGGCCAGUCGCAGCAUCCGCCCCUGCUCAGCAACCACGUCUUCGACAUCCACUCCGGCAUCUCGGAACUCCUGGUAAACGGAAAGAAGGAGCAGGCCGUGGAGGCGCUGCAGCUGUGCCUGAAGAUGCAGGAUUCACGCAGCAGGGAGGAGCUGCGCAGGCUACUGAGGUUCAUGGCCGUCGCAUCCAAACCAGAGGAGGUCAAGCUCCAUAAAGAGGUUGAGAACAGAAUGGCAGUGAAGAGGUCUUUCGCCGGGGCCAUCAUCUACAGCAGAAGACUGGCCAAAGGGAAAGUGGAUCUGAUGGUGCUGUUCAUGGUGGAAUACCACUGUGACCUCUUCAAGAUCCCUGUGUCGUUGCACAGGUUAGUUAGUGAUCGCCUUUUGAAUAUCGUGAGAGGGAAAGAUCCAGAUGACGUCAUUACAGGCCCCACAUAUUGCAGAAGAGUAACAGGGAAGGACUUUGUAGAGAGCGCCCAGAAGACAACUCACAAUGAACUGCGCUCCUUACUGAAGAGCAUCCACGAGAACACCAAGCUCUCGGCCAAGGAGAAGAAGAGGCUGCUGGGACAGUUCUACAAGGGCCACCCCGAGAUCUUCGUCCAGUACUUUGGGAGUAGGAUGGCCACUGCAGACCUAUGAUCGUCUUACAUCGGGGGGGCAUUUAUUUAUUGAUUUUUGUAUAUUAUGUAUAGAAGAAAAAAAAAAAGUGCUAGAACAAAACGUUUAAUGUGAAGAGGAUGUAAAGAUCAGUUGUUGUUUUUUAACGUUUUUACAACCAUAUGUGAAGUGGAGAUAUUUAAGAAUAAUUUUUUUAAUGUUUAGUUGUAGAGGCAAUUUUGGCACACAUGAUUUGACUUUAGUUGACUGCAUGAAAAAGGAAUUUAUGAAUGAAUUUUAACAGGCAUAAAAUGGAAGGUGUGCCUAUUCUUUGUGAGUGAAUGUCGAACGUAUAGUUACGAAACAGAAAUUGUGUCAGAAAUGUAGGAAGGGCCGUGCAACAACAAUAGCAUCAGGAAUAAAAGAAAACUUAUCAUAUAGUUUAUGUAUGUUACAUACGGUUUAACCAUGUUUGAGCAAGCCCAGGUUUCUCAAUCUAUUAUUCAAAGGUCCAGUUCUCUGCCCCUGUUGUUUUCCACUCGUUAACAACACAUUCAUGUCUGUUAAGAUAUUUGUGGCAAACAUUCUCAUAUUGGUUUACAUAAAUUCCUGUUGAGCAUUUAAUUUAUUUUGCAAAUUGGGAAUAACCUAACCAAUGCCUAUUGAACAAAUGUAUUGUUCAUAAUGAGCAGAAUAAAACCAAGAUUUUCUAUAACUCACACAA